AUAAUUCGUUCCUCCUGACAUUACUAGACGGAAGGGUCACAGGUAAUUGCCAUCGCUUGAGUGGAUUCUUUAUCAAAAUGGCUGCCGGAGGGGACAAGUACUCCGUCAUCCUUCCGACCUACAACGAGCGGAAGAACCUCCCUAUCAUCUGCUGGCUGCUAGAGAGGACUUUCAGAGAAAACAAGCUAAAUUGGGAAGUAAUCAUCGUCGACGAUGGAUCCCCUGAUGGCACACUCGAGGUCGCGAAACAGCUACAAAAACUAUGGGGCCCCGAGCACAUUGUCCUCAAACCUCGCGCCGGAAAGCUUGGUCUCGGGACUGCUUACGUUCAUGGGUUAGAAUUCGUGACGGGCAACUUCGUCAUAAUAAUGGACGCCGACUUCAGCCACCACCCCAAGUUCAUACCCGAGAUGGUCAGGAUUCAGAAGGAGACCAACGCCGAUAUCGUGACCGGAACCCGGUAUGCCAGCCGUGGAGACAUUAAGGGUGGAGUAUACGGCUGGGACCUGUUUCGGAAGUUCACGUCGCGUACUGCGAACCUGAUCGCCGACGUUAUGUUGAUGCCGGGAGUUAGCGAUUUGACCGGCAGUUUCCGACUGUACAAGACGAACGUGUUGAAGAAGGUUAUUAGCAGCACGCAAAGCAAGGGUUACAGCUUCCAGAUGGAGAUGAUGGUUAGGGCCAAGGCAAUGGGAUUCAAGGUGGAGGAGUGUCCGAUCACUUUUGUGGAUCGUUUGUAUGGGGAAAGCAAGCUUGGAGGACAUGAGAUUGUCGAGUACCUUAAAGGCGUGUUUACACUAUGGCUGAAGGUCUAAAUCUGGCUGAUCUGCUCCCGAAACAAUGCACCGAACUUCUAUCGUUGACAGAGAUGGUUUUUUGAUCGCUUAUGGCAUGUAUAUACCCACCUUGCUCCUGCAAACUUUCUUCUUUUCUUUAUUUUAUUUCAGAGGCACGGUUUAGGU